AUGCAGCACGAAUCGGAAGAUGAGGUGGCGGCAGAGGCAGACGAGCCACCAGACGAUAGAAGUCAACCUUUUACCAAACGCCCCCUCGAUCGAACCAUAGUUCGCAAAGACGCUGACAAGCCGCAAUCCCUUUUGACCAAGGCACUUCACCAGCCAAAUGACGAGGAAACGGUGUCUCUUGCCUUCAGGAACUCGCAGUCCAGGCGUCGCUCCAUGAACAGCAACAUCAGCCUUGCUUCGACCGCGGACCUAACCAGCGACACCGGUCUUACAAGUCCCGCACGUACCAACACCCCUAGUCCACCUCUUCCUGUUUUCCAGCUUGGUCGGCUGAACACCGCUCUUUUUAAUACAAAAACCAGCUUCGACGCCGAUUCAGCAGCUUCUGUUGGACUUGGCAUUGCCAACAUAGAUACUACCCCUACAAAGAAGACUGUGGACGUGACGCGUUUGGAGAAUCGGCCCAAGGACCCUGCGGUCGAGGCCCUAGCUAGGAAGCGAUGCAUCUCCUUUGCUUGCGCCGCCAGACCUGAGGUAGAAAAGAGCAUGCCGCCGUCCCAGCCAGUCCAGCCAGCCCAAUCUCCUGCUAAAGUUGUGGUGGAACAACCACCACAGCGAAGGUCACGUAUCAAAUUUGCUUGCACUGCAAAGCCAUCUUCACGAGAUGCUCCUGCACGAGAGCAGCCCAGUCGGGUCACAGUUUCGGAAGUGAGAGUAUCGUCCAACAAGGGAGUUUCCCCCACGGCUGUCCGCAACCCACUCGCGGUACGAUCAAAGAAGUUUUUGACUGCAGACCAAGUAGACUUGAAUCGCGAGGCUUCUCGCUUUCACGAGUUUGCCAGCGACGAGCCCCAAGAAGAGGAUUGGAUUCGUCAGAACGUUCCAUUAUCUACGCGGCGCCUGACAAUCAACGACACCUUAAAGAAAGAGAACGAGAUUCGUCGGCUAGGUAAGGAGGCUGAGGAGGAGGCCCUGCAGGAGGAGGCCGAGGAAGAGGGGCUCGGCGGAGAUGAGGACGCCGAGAACCAGGACGAUGAAGACGAACUUGAGGAGGAGGAGGAGGAUGAUGCGGAGGAGGAAUAUGACAUUGCCGAUGAUUCUUCGGGUUACGGUUCAGAUGACGACGCUACUGAUGGGUACCGCACUGACAACGAGAUUGGUUUUGCCGAGUCGGACGACGAUGACGAAGAUGGGGAUGAGCUCGAUCUGUGGAACCCCGGCCAAUCGGAAGUCUUACGAGUGUCUGGAGCGACGACCAUCAUGCGUCGGUCGUCACUGACAGGUAACGGAUCAGAUUCAUCAACUUCGGUUCUAGCAACAUCGCGAGGCCGCGAUUCCCGGGAACGAAGCCGCCGCAUCAAAAUCCGGCCGGGCACACCGGAGUUGCCAGACAGCACGGAUUUCGUGUGUGGCACACUGGACGAGGACCGCCCUCUGGAGGAUGCGUACAUGUCGUGUAUUGCCCAGAAAAGGCGUGAGAAGCUUUAUUUGAUCCCGCAGGACAUUGAUCCUAGCUUCCCGACAUCCGAGCCGGAAGAUGAGGAUGAAACCAGCUCAGUGAAGCUUUCGGACCACAGCGACGAGCAAGUUUGGAUCCACGGCGAGCUGGAAGAUUUGCACCAUGGGGAAGAUAGGGGCCGUAAGAAGAGAGGCGAGCAUGCUUCACCGAAGAGAUUCCACUCUCCGCCGCCCAAGCGCCAUCAUUCUCCCGCCCCCAAGGUUCGAGGACGGUCUCCAAGAAGACUUUGCGACAAGCAGUCCCCUCGGCGCUUCAUCUCGCCUCCUCCUUCGGGACGACUCUUCAACUCCCCCACACCAGCUUCGCUAACGGAGAAUACUGCUAAGGCGCGUGCUGCUGAGUUCAAGACGCUCGCUUUCCGGCCCGGCUUGACUUACACCAAAUCGCUGCCUCGAGCCCCUGCCAUGUUUUCUCAUCACCUCAAGGCUCAACGUCGUCGGCAGCCUGCGAAAGCGGGUACGCAAGCCCACGUCCGCGGCGCUAUCGACAUCGUGAAGGGAUUAGAACACAAGCGGCAGCGACGUCGGGAGAAGUAUGUCCAGAAGCACUGCCACCGCGCCCGGAAAGGUCAGGUGCAGGAAAAACGUCCUCAACCUGGCCGCGGCGCCCAGCGCAUGCGGGAAGUCGGCUUGAUUAUCGCCGGGAAGAUUGGGCCUGGCAACUAUGUGCUCUCCACAAAUAAUCUGGAUCAUCCCCUUCAACGACAACAGCUGAACUGCCCCCUUCUCAGACCUGAAUCCUUCACAUCAAAUCCCGUAACGCUACGAACCGUGAGCAUGUGGAUCAUCAACUGGUUCUACGACGUCCUCUCGUCGCUCGGCCUGCUCAACAAGCACGCUAAGCUACUUUUCCUGGGUCUCGACAAUGCCGGCAAGACGACGCUUCUUCAUAUGUUGAAGAACGACCGAGUUGCCAUUCUGCAACCUACUCUCCAUCCCACUUCCGAAGAGCUCGCCAUUGGCAACGUCCGCUUUACCACCUUUGAUCUAGGCGGCCAUCAACAAGCCCGACGACUGUGGAGGGACUACUUCCCAGAGGUCAACGGCAUUGUCUUUCUGGUCGACGCCAAAGACCACGAGCGCUUCCCCGAGGCCAAAGCCGAGCUCGACGCCCUUUUGUCGAUGGAGGAGCUCGCCAAGGUGCCCUUCGUCGUCCUAGGCAACAAGAUCGACCACCCCGAUGCCAUUUCCGAGGAUAUGUUGCGACAGGAACUCGGCAUGUACCAGACAACCGGUAAGGGCAAGGUGCCCUUGGAGGGAAUCCGACCGAUCGAGGUCUUCAUGUGCUCCGUAGUGAUGAGACAGGGCUACGGUGAAGGUAUCAGAUGGCUGUCACAGUACGUAUAA